AUGGGAAGAAAUCUGGGUUUGUUACUGGGCUUCUUUAGCUUCCUUGUUGGAUUAGCAGUUGCAGACUGGAACAUCUUGAACCAGAAUACAGGGAAGAACAAGAAUGAGUUGAAUAUAACCCUCAAGAACUACUGUGAAGCUUGGAGGAUUAAUGUGGAGCUCCACAACAUCCUCAACUUUGAGGUUGUCCCAGAAGAAUGCACAGACUACAUCGGCAGCUUUGGUGGGACGGGAAUUCAAAAUCUCAGUUCUACUGUGUGUGAGUGCGACUCUGAGUCUGAGAUGGCUGGCAGAGUUGGCUGGCUGGCUGCCUUACGCUACGAGACGCGCCGGCCGCCUUAUAUUCAGGAAUUCAAUCUGGGAUUGGAAUAG